AUGCACAAGAUCAGCAACUUCACUGGCCAAGCCCGUCAUGGCUGGGAACGGAUGACUCCUGCAGCGUUUGGCAUGUCCAGAUUCCAUCAGGACAUGUCUACGCCGCAACCACUGAGACGUCCUCAAGGCUCGCCCGGAAUCGUGUCUCAGGCGCCAUCCGAAGCCACCUCGGUCAACCUGUCCUUCAAUGUGCCUUUCGCCUCGAGCCUCCCUGGCCCCAACCCCGACGAGAUCCUACACUCGAGUCCCGGUGCUUUCCAACGCUGGACCUUUCCAGCGGGCACCCCCGAAGGCACGCCUAUUCACAGCCUGCCUGUUCACGUGCAGAACGAGGAGAGACUGCGCUCUUUGUGUGCAUACAUCAGUGAUCAGAGUGGAGGCCACAUACAGGCGACCGUCACAUCGUCGGAGCCAAAAGCCGGCCCGGCCCUGCAUCGAAAGUCCCAAGGGCUGGUGACAAAUGUCUGCAUCUCAGGGGACGGGGAGUUGGUCUGUAAGAUGAGAUCGAAAAUCCUGAACGAAACACCCAUUAUGAUGCGCUCUGCUAUUGUGGACAUCGACCCGGCCUUGAUCUUGGACGGCGCCGAGACCGGAAUUCGCUCCAGUGUCCUCAGCCACAUUGACCUUUGUGCCAAAUAUACCGGGACAGAUAUUUUCCUCCUCAAGCCCCGUAGCGCCGAGUCGUCUGCUGCCAGUGCCUCUUACGGCAACGGUGUUGAUAGCGGUCUAGAUCAGCGGUAUCGAGUCAACAUUUUUGGAGACAUGGAAAGCGUGGAACAUGCGAAGACCCGGGCUCUGAUGAUGAUUGACCAGAUUCUCAAGCAUAAGAUCGACGUGAUCAAACUCGAGGUAUCGAUGCACACUUUGGUGUCAGGCCGUACCGGCAAGAACAUCAAGAUGAUUGAAUCGGCCACCAAGACUGCUAUCUACUUUCCUCCUCCAUUUCCCGGAGUUUUCGGUUACGUACCCCCUCAUGCCACACGUCGAGCUGCGGACGAGGUCUUUAUCACAGGAGAAACACAGGAACGUAUAAACCAGGCGAAGCAGAAGCUGAAAGAGCUGGUCAUGGGUAUCAAACUCUACUCCAAGGAUGCCGUGGUGUCUGCAAGCAAGAUUGACAACAUCUUACUCGACCGGCUGGACAAGGUGCGAAAAAUCAUGGAGACGAACGGGUCUCACGUUCUUUUCCCACAGCUUGGCAGCCAGCGUGGGCUCGUCCGAGUCCAGGGGACUGAAGUUCUACAUGUCGAGAGGACGGUGAAGGAGAUCAUGGCACUUGCUGGCCAGUUCUUCAGUGCUUCAUGGUGGAUUAUGAUGCCUGAUCCCUCGCAGGGUCCCACUCUACGUGCUCCGUCCCCCGAGGACAUUCGGAUCAUGCUGAGCGACAUUUGCACAAACUCUGGCGCAGAUAUCAGUUUUGAAAAAUUCUCAUUCACAAUCAACGGAUCUGACGACGCGGUCAAAGCCGCAAUGAUGGUCAUUAACCAGAUUCCUUUCGUGAAGAGGACUCCCUAUCAAAUGCGUGUCAAGAUCGAAUUGGCAAACGAGCACAAAGAGUUCGUCAGUGGCAAGAAGAACGGCAAGAUUAACAAGAUCAUGGGGCAGAGCAAUGUCCAAAUCAUCUUUGAUGGUUUCAACGAGUACAACUUCUACAUUGACGUGGUGGGUACUCAGUACGAGGCGACCAAGAAUGGCUUGGAUCUCGUGGAGCAAGAGAUGCCGGCGUCGAUUUCGUUCCAUGUUCCUGACCAAUACCACAAGCGCAUCAUUGGUAUUGGUGGCCAACACAUCCAACGCAUCAUGAAGAAGUAUUCUGUUUUCGUGAAAUUCUCCAAUGCAAUGGACCGCGGAGGAGUGGGCAAGGAUGAUGAUGACAUUAAAGUCGAUAAUGUCAUCUGCCGCACACCGGCACGAAAUGCGCAGAGCUUGGACUUGGUAAAGCAGGAGAUUAUGGACAUGGUGGAGAAAGCAGAUGCCGAGUUCGUCUCCGAGACCGUGGUGAUCAAUCGACUCUACCAUCGCGAGUUGAUCGGCAGGCUGCCUGAGAUCGAGGAGCUGGAGAAGAAAUGGAACUGCAAGAUUGACUUCCCCAACACUGAACAAGCCAGUGACGUGGUCACCAUUUCCGGCCCAGAAUACCAAGUCCCGCAAGCGGUUGAUGCAUUCCUCGGGAUGGUUCCAGAAAGCCACGAGAUUGCUUUCCAGAAGUCUGACGAGCUCGAGGCCUUCUUCAGCAGUCCGGAAUUUUUCAACGAUCUCCGCCAAAAGUUCAGGAACCAGUACGAAGUAGACGUGCACGCGAACCCCGAAUUUAGCAGCUUGCCGAAGUCUGCUACGGCGUCUGUGGAGCGUAUUGUUGGACCAUCCGAAGGACGACUGGUUCUGACCUACACGCGGAAUAAUGCAGGCGGCCUUAAAGACGCUAUUGACUACCUGAUAUCACAGCUCGUGCCACACGGGUUGGACGCCACCACUGUCAAGGGGGCGAUUCCUCGCCCGAAAUCCGACUCAUUUGAGGACUCACUACCCUUCUUUGAAUCCAAGCUCUUGCAAAAUGCGCCAUCGCUUCACUCGACGGAUUCGCCAACCCGAUCGAGCUUUGCUGAUGGAGAGAAUACAUCCGUGUCCGAGCGAGCCUCUCUGUUUGACCGUCUUCGCAAACCCGGCAGUAUCUCGUCGUUUUCGUCCUUCAUGAGCCGCAAAAACCAGAACAAUUCACCAGGGACGUUCUUCAAGCAUGCAUCUUCUAACGCCAGCAAGGCCUCGCUGAUCUCCAUGGAAAGUCGGGAGAGUGGAUACAGAAAUUUUUGGAACGACAGCGGCGUCAAUCUACCCGAGGAAGAAAUUUCCAAUACUUCAAUGAGUGGUGGCUGGCCAUCACGUUUUCGAGAAGACAAAUUCCCCUUUGGCAGCAUUUCCGGAGACCGAACUCCCAAGCACGAGCCUCGUGCGAGUUUCGACUCGGGCAGGCCACCAACAUCACAUUCAUUUUCUUCGUACCCGGCACCGAUCGGGCCGCAUCAUCACAAUCAGAUCCUGGGCAAUUCGAACGGACCUGCUAGCAAUUUGAAUCUUCCUUUACGCUAG